CCUCCUCUUCUUCGAUCAGACGAUUCAAUCUCUUUUCGCUUAAACCACUUCGCUCCUUCGCAUCCAUGUCAUCUUCUUCCCCCGACGAAGCUCAGACUCCUCUAACCACCGCUCCUUAUGGCUCAUGGAAAUCUCCGAUCACCGCCGACAUCGUUUCCGGAGCUUCAAAGCGUCUCGGAGGCACCACCGUCGAUUCUCGUGGCCGUCUCGUCUUACUCGAGUCUCGCCCUAACGAAUCCGGGAGAGGAGUUUUGGUGCUACAAGGAGAAACACCAAUUGAUAUUACUCCAAAAGACUUCGCUGUGAGAACUCUAACACAAGAAUAUGGUGGUGGUGCUUUCCAGAUUUCAUCAGAUGAUACACUUGUUUUCUCUAAUUACAAAGAUCAGCGAUUAUACAAGCAAGACAUUACUGAUAAUGGUUCAUCUCCAAAGCCAAUUACUCCAGAUUAUGGUGCACCAGCUGUUACUUAUGCAGAUGGAGUGUUUGAUUCACGUUUUAACCGUUACGUUACUGUUAGGGAAGAUGGUCGCCAGGAUAGAUCAAACCCAGUUACGGCAAUCGUGGAGGUUAAUCUAAGUGGAGAGACACUUGAAGAACCAAAAGUACUAGUGAGUGGCAAUGAUUUCUAUGCAUUUCCACGUUUGGAUCCCAAGUGUGAGCGAUUGGCAUGGAUUGAAUGGAGUCACCCUAAUAUGCCUUGGGAUAAAGCAGAGCUGUGGGUUGGGUACAUUUCAGAGGGCGGAAAGAUUGAUAAACGUGUAUGUGUUGCUGGUUGUGAUCCCAAAUACGUCGAAUCACCCACUGAGCCGAAGUGGUCAUCAAGAGGGGAACUCUUUUUUGUAACUGACAGAGAGAACGGAUUUUGGAAUAUUCAUAAAUGGAUCGAGAGUACCAAUGAGGUUGUUUCUGUAUAUCCUCUCGCUGGUGAGUUUGCGAAACCACUAUGGGUUUUCGGUACAAACUCCUACGAAAUAAUCGAGUGUUCUGAAGAGAAGAAUAUAAUUGCAUGCAGCUAUAGGCAGAAAGGGAAGUCAUAUCUAGGCAUUGUGGAUGAUUCGCAGGGUUCAUGUUCUCUGCUCGAUAUUCCUUUAACUGAUUUUGACAGCAUUACAUUGGGAAAUCAGUGCCUUUAUGUGGAGGGAGCAUCAGCAGUUCUUCCACCAUCAGUUGCCAGGGUAACACUGGAUCAGCAUAAGAUGAAAGCACUCAGUUCUGAGAUUGUUUGGUCUUCAUCUCCCGAUGUUUUGAAGUACGAGGCUUUCUUCAGCGUGCCAGAGUUGAUUGAAUUUCCAACAGAGGUUCCUGGUCAGAACGCUUAUGCUUACUUUUACCCCCCAACCAAUCCGCUCUACAAUGCUAGCAUGGAAGAGAAACCUCCGUUGUUAGUGAAGAGUCAUGGAGGACCUACUGCUGAAUCACGUGGAUCCUUAAAUUUGAAUAUCCAAUACUGGACAAGUCGAGGGUGGGCAUUUGUUGAUGUCAAUUAUGGUGGAAGCACAGGUUAUGGUCGAGAGUAUCGAGAACGGUUGUUAAGGCGGUGGGGAAUUGUUGACGUUGAUGACUGUUGUGGCUGUGCUAAAUAUUUGGUAUCUUCUGGCAAGGCAGAUGUUAAGCGGCUCUGUAUAUCUGGAGGUUCUGCCGGAGGUUACACAACUCUUGCAGCAUUGGCGUUCAGGGAUGUUUUCAAAGUGGGGGCGUCCUUAUACGGAGUGGCUGAUUUAAAAAUGUUGAAGGAAGAAGGUCAUAAGUUUGAAUCCCGUUAUAUCGACAAUCUUGUUGGAGAUGAAAAGGAUUUCUAUGAGAGAUCACCAAUCAAUUUCGUCGAUAAGUUCUCUUGCCCCAUCAUCCUUUUCCAAGGAUUGGAAGACAAGGUUGUAACUCCAGAUCAAUCACGUAAAAUCUAUAAAGCAUUAAAGGAAAAAGGUCUGCCUGUUGCUCUUGUUGAAUAUGAAGGAGAACAACACGGUUUUCGCAAGGCGGAAAACAUCAAAUACACACUUGAGCAACAGAUGGUGUUCUUUGCCCGAGUCGUUGGAGGGUUCAAAGUUGCAGAUGACAUCACUCCUUUGAGAAUCGACAACUUCGACCCUUAGAAAACAAUGCUUAUAUAAAAAUGUUUUAAUUAG